GUUUCGCUCUUUCUAAUGGAACCAGAUCGCGUCUCGUGGCUUCUCUCGUGUGUUCUCUCGCUACAUCCAUGGUCCUCUCUCGGUGUUCCUGAGGAAGUGUGUGUGCACAGCUGAUCCAUACAUCGUCUGUGUGUCUGGAUGAACCUCUGACUUUGUGCUCUUUCUUCUGAAGCCUCUAGCUCGGACUCUAGAAGCUAGCUUAGCAUGCUAGCUGGUAACACGCUAGCAACACAGAGUGAGAGAAACAGGAAGUGGUGAUUUAGUAAACAUGAGUGUUGUGCUACUCUCGUUGGUGAAGCAGCGACUCACUGCGGCUGCUGAAGACAUCUUUGUUCUGUUUGAAAGAACGAUAGCAAAGUACGAGGAGGAACUGUCUCGUUCAAAACAGGAGAACGAGAGACACCGGAAACUACUGGACGCUGUUUUACAGCCUCAGCUUCAGAUCCACAGAGCAGACUUCCAGCAGCUGGAGGUGGUUGAAGAAGAGGUUCCCCCUGAGCAGCAGGAGUGGAGCUCCAGUCUGGACCAGGAGGACCCAGAGCCCCCCCCACACAUUAAAGAGGAACAGGAGAAACUCUGGAGCAGUCAGGAGGGAGAGCAGCUUCAAGGGCUGGAGGAGGCUGAUAUCACCAAGUCCACAUUCACUCCUGUCCCUGUGAAGAGUGAAUAUGAUGAAGAGAAACCUCAGUCCUCUCAGCUUCAUCAAAGACAAACUGAACACCUGGAAACAGAAGCUGAUGAAGAGGACUGUGGAGGACCAGAACCAGCCAGGAACUCGGAUCCAGAGAGACAUUUACAACCAGAGACUGAGGACAACCCUGGAGACUCUUCUGAACCUGACACUGAAAACUCUUCUGAACCUGACACUGAAGACAGGGCUGAUUUGAAGGAGACCAGAGAACCAGGUUCAAACUCUCAGAAAAAUAAACAAAACCCUGUCAGUGAUUCAAGACGUAGUGCAGGAGAGAAAUCAUUUGGCUGCUCUUUGUGUGAGAAAACAUUUACACAGAGAGGAAAUUUAAAUCGUCACAUGAGAACCCACACAGGAGAGAAACCAUUUGGCUGCUCUUUGUGUGGUAAAGAAAUUCGCAGCAAGUAUAAUCUAAAAGUACACAUGAGAAUCCACACAGGGGAGAAACCAUUCAGCUGCUCAAUUUGUAAAAAAUAUUUUGGACAGAGAGGAGAUUUAAAGGACCACAUGAGAAUCCACACAGGAGAGAAACCAUUCAUUUGCUCAAUUUGUAAGAAAUCUUUUCGACAGAGAGGAGAUUUAAAGAAACACAUGAGAAUCCACACAGGAGAGGAACCAUUCAGCUGCUCUAUUUGUAAGACAUCUUUUGGACAGAGAGGACAUUUAAAGUACCACCUGAGAAUCCACACAGGAGAGAAACCAUUCAGCUGCAGUGUUUGUGACAAAAGAUUCACCCGGAGAUAUCUGGUCAAAAUUCAUAAGUGUGUUGGUCGUCAGUCCUCACAGCUUCAUCAAACUCAAACUGAGGAGAUCAGAGAGGCAGAGCCUCCAGCCAGCAGCUCAGCUGAACACAUGGAAACAGAAGCUGAUGGAGAGGACUGUGGAGGACCAGAACCAGCCAGGAACUCAGAUCCAGAGAGACAUUUACAACCAGAUACUGAGGACAACUCUGGAGACUCUUCAGAACCUGACCCUCAAGACAGCGAUUAUUGUUAGGUUCAAACUCUUUGAGUUAGUCCCAGUAAAUGUUUAUAACGCGAUACCUGCUCGAAAUGUGUUAAAACAUCAUUGCUCUAAGUGAAGUCUGAAUGUGCAUUAAAACAAAUAUUAAGCACAGAAA